AUGGCUCCGACUCGUGACGACCGGGCCGUCGCUCUAGACGCCUCCGUCGACACCGGUGCCCGAGCAACUCGCCGACACGCGCUGGGAAACGUCCGCAUACGCAACCAAGAGACAAAUGCUCUGAUUUUCAUCCCCACCCCGUCUUCGGACCCGAAUGAUCCCCUGAACUGGUCGCCAUGGCGGAAGUACUACACCGCUGGCCUGGUCUGUUUGGCUAUGACUAUGUCCAACUUCCUCGCCGCUGGACCUUCCAUCGCCAUCGUCCAGACUGCCCUGAGCUUCUUCCCUGACGCGGUCGUCAACGACACUCUAACAAGCUCCGCUAUCCCCAAGAUCGCCUACUUCUUCACUGCCACUAGUCUCCUACUCGGUGUCGGAUGCUUCUUCUGGGUCCCCAUCGCGAACAAGUAUGGCCGAAGACCCGUCUAUCUUGCCAGCUACUCCGUCUACUUCGCCGUGGCCGUGGCCCUGAUCUUUAUCAAGUCUUAUGGGGGCUUUCUUGCUGGCCGGAUCCUCAUGGGCUUUGGAGCCGGUGCUGCAGAAACGAUUGCCCCUAUUACGAUUGCCGACAUUUUCUUCCUGCACGAGCGGGGGGCAAUCAUGUCCUUCUACAACUGCGCCCUAUCCGUCGGUGUCGCCUUGGGCAUGGUCGUUUCAGGCCUCAUCACUAUCGAUUACGAGUGGAGAACCAUCUAUCAAGUUGGCUGUGCUCUCGUAGGUUUCGUCUUGGUACUCAUCUUCUUCUCCUUCCCAGAGACAGCCUACAACCGCCAGUACGAUCAAAGCGACGGGUCUAUUACUGGCGUCGAAAUCGAAAAGAAAGACUGCUUGGGCUUGGAUCCGGCAAACGCAGGCAGACCUGCGAGCGUAUCCGAACAGAAGAAGCGAGGAGGGACAAUACUUGGCAUAUCUCACAGAUCAUUGACCAAUGAGUCUUUGCUAAAGAUGUUCCUUCGACCCUUUGGCCUUAUUAUACUUCCUCCUGUGCUUUGGGCUGCGCUCAUUCAGGCAGUCACGAUUGGUUUUCUAGUUGCUGUCUCGUCCAACGUGGACACGGCGUUUGAAGGAACCUACGAUUUUGACUCCUACCAGGUCGGCCUUUGCUUCAUAGCCGCCAUCAUCGGGUCCCUGGUUGGUAUCCCUGCUGGCGGUCACCUUGGAGAUUUGGUGGCAGAUUAUUUUACCAAGAGGAAUGGGGGUAUUCGAGAACCCGAGAUGCGGCUCCCUGUCAUGGCGUUGUCCUUGGUUACCACACCACUUUCUUUGACCCUGUACGGAGUUGGGAUCCAUCAUCAACUUCACUGGAUUGUCCCCACCAUUGGUCUGGGUCUUCUAAACUUUUCCGUCACGCAAGCGUCGUGCGUAUGCUUGGUCUAUGUCAUUGACGCCUACAGACCGGUUGCUGGUGAAGUCAGCCUUGCUGUGCUGGGCUUCAAAGCUCUAUUCGGCUUCUUCCUGUCGUUUUAUACCAACCCCUGGAUAAACAACUCCGGAUACCAAAUCGCCUACGGCACGAUGGCUGGCAUCGCAGCCGCCAUCCUUAUCUUGUGGAUACCUUUAUAUAUAUGGGGCAAAAGAAUACGGUAUGCAACUUGGAACUGGCCACUUGUGUCCUAUAUCCAUUGGUACGGCGACCGUGAAGUGGGAGAAUAG